UGGCAGAGAAAAAGACAUCGCUUCCAUUAUUUUUCACUUUUGCCUCACGUCCUUGUCGGUGACAUCAGUGUUCAAAAAAACCUGAAAUGAACGGCAACGAUAGCUCCCGUCCACUUGAACACGUUGCUACGAGAAGUGAGAAACACCGCAGCUUUUCUAGAAAGAUUUUGUCUUCGGUAGAAAUUGCCUUUGAAGAUAGAACUAAAGACAGAAGCACAUCUAAAAGCCAUAUCGCUUGGAAAGCUUUCAAGUGCGUCGUCUUCCUGACCUGCUUAGCCUAUCUACUGAAUCAGUCGGCUGAGUUUUAUGGGCAUUUCUACACUUACCCAACAAACAUCAACAUCCGCGUUGAAUCUUUAAAAAAAAUCAAGCUGCCUGCGUCGACCCUGUGCUACAGGAACAGAAUUUCAGCUAAUGAAUUUUGUGAGAUGUAUCCCAAUUUGUGCGAAAGUCCUAAAAAUGUAAAAGAGUAUUGCCUAAAGCAUUCUGAGUUCUGCACAGAGAAUAUUUCGGCUUUGAUGAUUCCCAAACACGGCUACUACACUACUUUCUCAAGAGAAGUUUCGCAGGUAUCUCAACAACUUUUAGUCAACAGAAGUGACGACAUGCCUUUCAUAGAGCCUCCAAGGAAAAGGAAUGCGACUGUUACAUUUAUUCAAGAAGGUGUAGAUGGCUACGUAAAAUGCUACUCAGAAAAUCUUCAUUUAUAUCAAAGUAGAUUAAAGCAGAGAAUAGUAUCCUAUAGUCUGGAAACAUUCACAGCAUAUGAACUCUACCGUUACAAUUUAAGCCUGCACGAACCGGAAUCCUUUGACGCACGCGGCCGACCUCAGGCUUUCUUCGCCAUCCACCCCCCCUUCAAUCCGCUGAAUCCCGUGUACGAGGGACAUGCCAUCAGAUCGGGACACACUUAUGUGGUGGAGGUCAACUUUGAAGAAUAUCAUCUUUUGCCACUGCCAUACCCAACCAACUGCACGAAUUAUAACGUAAGGCUGCGAAAUAUCAAUGAGACAAAACCUCGUUCUCAAGAAAUGUGUAGAGAAUUAUGCAGAUCGGAAUUUUUCAAACAAUGCAUCGGCUGUGACAUGGGUGUGACGAUGCAUUUCACAAAAGAAUUUGUUUGCCACAAAAAGUACGUGGGGUGCCAUUAUUCUUCGUCGCCCGAAGAAGAGCUGAGUGAUGCGCGUCGCACUUGUUUGAUGGGAUGUAACCCAGACUGCGUAAAACUAAAGUACCCAUACACUGUUGUAGAAACAGAAAAUGAGCGAAAUUCGGAAACCGGAUUAAAGAACCAAAACACAAUAAUUGUAGUUCUGGUGAAAACUCCUGAAGUCAAAAUAAUGUCACAUGAUCCUUUAUAUGCGAAAGGAGAGCUCUUCAGCUACAUCGGUGGUCUCAUCGGCUGCUGGCUCGGCAUCUCCGUCUGGGCGUUCACGAGUAUCUUUGAAAAAUUUAUACAGAAGAUUGUCACACUGAAGCGGAAUUACAGGCAAAAAAGGGGACAGCCGUCUUCAGACUUUUGCUCCUCGCUUUGUGUUUUAGAGCCAUACAUUCCAGAGGAACACAAAGAAGACUUCAAGAAUGACAUAGUGCAAGAACUAGUGAAGAUAAAUGGCCGCACCGACAACGGCCUCCCUUGUCACAAGGGCAAAAUGCUUGAGGUGAUUGUUAAGAAAAAAUUAUCUUCUAUUUUGCAAUUUUAAAUG